CAUUGCAACGGUUUUUAAUUUUCAGUUUGUUAAUGUAAAAGUUGGUAAUGAGGCAUCAGGCAUGCUUGAAGAUAGUGAUUCUGAUGAAAGAGAAGGCUUUUUCUCAAAUGAGUUGUCCGAUCAGUCAAGCAGUACGAGAAGUCCGCCAACUCUUGGUAUACUGAAAACGAAAAAUAAUAUAUCAAAAUCUCUGCCGUAUCCUAGCUUAGGCACAUCUUUUGUGCCUGGCUCUGUUAACCAAAUAGCAACUGAAUCUACUGAUGAAGAUGGGCUCGAUGAAAAAGCGAAAGCAUUGAAAAAGAAAAACAAGCUCUUUAGAAACUUUUCCAAACAUGGAACUAAAGAAACCAAGAAGAAGGAGAAACUGUUUCACAAAAGAAAAAGUUCGAAGAAUGAUGAAGGAUCGCUGAUUGGUGUAUUUGGAUUUUCUCUAUCCCUUGUCACGGAUAAAACGCGGCUGAGUGACGGUAUUGCCUUACCCCAGAUUGUGCGUGAUUGCAUAGAUGCAGUGGAACGAAAUGGACUGGACAUGCCAGGAAUCUACAAGAACGAAGUUCCUAAGAACAAAGUUGAUAUUCUCAAAGAUCAGUAUGACCACUUCAGAGUCAAGCCAGGAUCACUUGUCACGGUCAAAGAUAUCCACGAGGUGGCAAAUCUAUUGAAGUGUUUUUUAUUUGACUUGCCGGAUCCUAUUUUCACUUCAACAGUUUCAAGUGUCGAAACAGCUGACGACAAAACAGGGCUCCACAAUCUUACCAAGUUUCUGAACAAACAGCCAAAUGAAAGCCGAACUCUGUUUCUUUGGAUCAUCUCACAUUUUCACAACGUGUUAGCUAGGAGCAAUGAGAAUGGAGUGGUGGGUUCGGAUAUAGUGCAGCUGCUGUCUUACUCUCUCAGAAUCCACUCUACACAAUUCCUCACUUCUGUCCUCCUGUCCAACAAAUGCAUACUGCAAUCACCACUCAUCUAUGUCAGCAAUAUGAGGUACCCGGAUGCAUUAUUCAGUAGAUUUGAAAAUAGGUCAAUUGAUUCUGCCUCGCCCGAUCAAUCUACCCGGUCCAAGGGAGCGGGAGUUGUGGGAGGGGCAAAACUAAACAAUGCAUGCGGGGAGUCGCCACCCGAUAGUCCGACAGCCUUGAGAAAAGAUCUUCGGCUGUACGAAGAUCUCUUGGGCAACCUUCAUACUAAAAUGGAAGAUCCACUUGCAGACAAGGGAGUAGAAGAAGAACUGUGGGAAGUGCAAAGAAUAGUGACUACGUACAAGAGAAAGCUGAGGGCACUGAAGACUAAUCAAAACGAUGACAAGUCAUCACAAGCGAGCACUAACAGUAGCACCAAAGAAGUCACAACACAGAGCGAGCCAAAAAGUGCGACAGAGACGUGUGAUAUUUCAGAUGCGGCUGCAGUAAAACCGCCUCCUGUAGUUCGUCAUAAUAGCGGUGACGCAGGAAUUGCAGCGAAACCAAAUGACCAUCAAAGUGGAAAUGAAGGUAGCGAUGUUAGCAAAAGCGUGUGGCUAUCUGAAGACACAGCUGUGUGGAACGAGUUUCUGCGGAAGAGUGAAUUAGAAAUGAAAGAACAGCUGGUGUUGGAGAUUCUGAGUUUGAGGAAAGUGGUGGCAAGUAAAGAGGCACAGAAGGCACAGCUGGUCCACCAGGUGGCAGUCGAGUUAGAUGGUGCCACUGUUGACUUCAAAAUGAAGGGACACGAUAGCAUGACGGUAGAAGAAAGAGCAGAACUAGCCAGAAGUCAGGCGGACACUGAGGCUAUUUGCAGACGAAUGGCGGAAGAGGUGGAUGCUGUUUGUAAGAGACAGGCAGACCUCUCUCUCAUUCGAUGCAAAGCACAGAAUGAGAGUACUAAGAACAGUUCGGGUAACAGUCCAGGAGUUCCGAUAUCAAAUUUGGAACAGACCGCUGAUUAGCUGAUCUCGUGGUUGCCAUUUGAAAUGAAGAGAAAAAAUUCAAAUACAAAACUAGAAACAGUCAGUAAAUUCAUCAGGAGUGUCACUUAAUUGUCGAAAAGUCACAACUAACUUUGUUGAUUCAAUUUUAGUGUUUACUUUGAAUAUGAUCACGUCAAAAUUCUAUUUAAUGUUCGUAAUAAAUUUCGCUAAUGAGUUAUGGUAAUGAUAAAUGAAAUUUGGUAUCAAUAUAUUAGUUACU